CAAGACAUUUGCAGCAGCAGUCAAGAGAAGUAGGGGAAGCAAUUCAACCAUGUUUCUCAUUUGGAUUAGAAAACUGAAUAAAAAUGACUAUAGCCAAAGUGAGAAAAGGGUAGCGACAAAAAUACAUUUUCUCUGGCAAUUUGGAAUAAACAAGCGAAAUGAGAAAAAGUGUACUUUUAAUGCCUCGUGCUGUUCUAACUCACGUACAAACUCCCGCAUGAACACCAGAUUAAAGAGGUUCAAACCUGUUUAUAUAUUAUCUGUUCUCAUCUCUUUCUUUUUUCUUUUUUUUCUUUAUUUGCUGAUGGGAAAAACCAAAUACAAAGCAACCCAGACCAAUAUCACCCUUAAACAGAAAAUGGCAUAUCAGCAAAGAGAGCUGACAAUACACAAGUGGGAACUCCCACCUUCCAACAAGCUGAUGCCUUACAUUCCAAAGCAUAUUUAGCUAAACAAUGUGCGACCUCUCAUUUGAAGCUCGAGGCCUAAACAAAAAGCCCAAACAACCUGCAUUUUGAUAAUCAAACAUAAUAUCUUUGACGAUCAUAUCCAUAUCACCAAAACGAAGGUUAUUCGAAUUAAGCAUUCUUAUCGUCACCAAGAAAUCUGAAAUGAUAUAAAGAUUUUCACAUUUGCAUGUAGUUCCACUACAAGAGGUCUGAGAUCCGAACCGUUGUUAUAGCAACUGGGCAUAUCUUUUAAGCUGAUAUUAUACUAUUAGAACAAACUGAAACUUGUUAAAACCAAAUUUUAUUAAGUCAGAUUUUGAGACCAUUAACUUUAAGGUACGAUUUGAAAUCUCCAAAUGAUUGGCUGCACACUUCUGUUAGACUGAUAAAAAAAGUUUCAAAUCAGAUAGCACCCGGGAAAGAUCAUGUUACCGUAAAUAAUGUUACAAAAUAUCCUUAGAUUGUUGACUGACGUGUAUUAUAUUAUUUUGCAUUAAACAAAAGGAAAGGUGGCCUUCACGUAUUAUAUGGCACGAGCCAUGACAUGGAAUGGAAGCCAUUGACAAAACAUGCAAUGCAAGCUUAGUUGCUCCCACGUCGAUCAAAUAUCUUCUAAAAUCUAUCAAUAUUUUCUCAUUAUCCAAACAAGCUAAGACUCCUAUAAAUAUCAAUCAAAUCAAAACCACUCACCAUUCGAACGGAGCUUCCCUUCUCUCUAACAAGCUUUAGUGCUUUCCAACAACCCUCAGGAAAAAUGGCAAGCCACCAACUUAUGUUCCUUGUCUCAACAAUUCUUCUCCUCCCCUUGGCCUUCCCUUCCAUUGCGGCCAGCAAAUAUGCCCCGUCCAGUGAAUAUGUCCCAGCAAAGCAGGUGGAGAAGGAAGUCACCGUGGUGGUGGAAGGAGUGGUCUACUGCCAGAGCUGUGACCGGUUUGGAAGCUGGUCUUUGACUGGUGCCAAGCCCAUUCCUUCAGCUAAAGUCAGCGUUGUCUGCAAGAACUACAGAGGUCAAGUGAGCUACUACAAGUCUUUUGAAGCUGACAAUAAAGGGUAUUUCUAUGCUCAGCUUGAUGGCUUCCAAAUGAGCCACGAUCUGCUUGAUCAUCCACUCCAAUCGUGCAAAGUCAAGCUUGUUUCUUCUCCAGAUGAGAAGUGCAACCUUCUUUCCAAUAUCAACUAUGGAAUGUACGGUGCCCCUCUUCGUUUUGAGGACAAAGUGUUUAGAGGUGGGAAACAUUAUGAGGCUGUGAUAUACGCUGCAGGUCCUUUGGCUUUCCGCCCUAAUUAUUGCCCUCCUGCCACUCAUUACUGAUAUUUGCCACCAAUUUUCAUCGACCCAUGAUUGAUAUUUAUAAUGAUAUCUACUUUCUCUUUUAUUUUGUUCCCUCUUCUGUUUUGUUCAGUUGACUGAUGUAUCAACAUUUUGUUCUGU